AUGUCAAACUCAUCAGAUCUCAUAGAGCUUUCUGAUCAUGAAAGCUCUCAGACAGUAGAACCAAUGCAAUCAUCGUCAAAAAUACAAACCACUCUAGAUAGUUACUCAUUUUAUGAGGGUAUUAUUGCAAGUGAAAAUUCUAGCCCGGAAGAAUCCAAUGAUGAUGAUAUUCAUGAAUAUGAAACAUCAGCAGAUGUAACUUCAUGCUCUACUGUACCUCGCUCUUCCCAAAUACCAGCUAAAAGAAAAAGUGGAUCAUCUAUUUAUAGAAAACCAUCAAAAGAAAGCUGGGUAUGGAGAUAUACCGGGCGUGAUAAAACUACAAAGCAAAAGUAUUGCAAAGUAAAAAUAGAUGAUGGUAAUGGUAAUGUUGAGAAAUGUACGACUACAUUCCAACCCAGCACUUCCGUUACCAAUAUCGCUUCACAUUUACGUACCGUACAUAGAAUUUUCAAAGACCAAAAAUUAGAUGCGCCUAUA